AUGGACGACUACUGCACUAGCCCGCACCUCGAGGAAGAAGAGGACGACGUGCAGCUCUCGCUGGCGUGCGGCUCGUCGGCGGCAACGCCACAGUCACGGAAGCGGCCUCGCCGGCGGGAGGAGGAGGCGGCGGCGUACGAGUGCCGGACUUGCGGGCGGCGGUUCGCGUCGCACCAGGCGCUGGGCGGCCACCGGACCAGCCACCUCAGGCCCACCAAGCGGCGGCCCAGACCGUCGAAGCCCGUGGUCCACGCUUGCGAGGUAUGCGGGAUGGGCUUUGGUAUGGGCCAGGCGCUAGGCGGCCACAUGAGGAGGCACCGGCCCAUUAAUAAUGUUGGCAUGGGCCUCAAGCAAAUCAUCAUGCCAGAAAUACGGCCCAGCUGCACACUGCAGCUGCUUGACCUCUUCGUGUAG